AUGGAUAAUAAACAGUUCUUGUCAGAGUCGACUUCUUUCUUUGCACUGAAGAAGUCAAUACAUCUAAUUAAUUUGAUAUCAAAGUACCUAUCUAAGAAGGCUGCUUGGUCGGACGUUUUAAAGUCCCAGGCAGACGUACAGCAGCUCAUCGACUUUGCUGUUAAGUCCAACUUUCCGGAGGAGAGCGUGGACCCAUAUAAAUUAAAUCUUCCAGAGAAUCCGGACUCAGCUCAAUCGCAUGAUAUAUCGCUCGACAGCACCCAUGGCUACUGCAGUAAACUGGUUAAUGAAGAUCAAACGAGCUAUCGAAGCAAGAUUGUGGAUAAAGGGAAGUUGGAUAUCUCUGAUAUCAGUUUGAGGCCGACUAAACUGUCACUAUCGUCUUCUCUGAUCUCCACAGACUACUGCUCGACUGAAAUUGGAGGCCCUAAUGACGCGAGUGCGAAGGAAACAAUCGACCGCGAUAUGCCAAAUUUGUUCGAAACGGACGAGGAGGACGGGGCCUACGAAUCUGCGGCGAUACCGAAGGUGUCAGACAACCUGUCGUCGGCAAGGGAGAAGUACAUGAACCUGAUUAACACGAACGCAAUUCCGACGCUCGACUCAUCAAUUCCACCUCAGAUGUUUAACUCGAGUUACGCGUACCUGUUCAACGAGGACUUCCCGUUCAGUCAGAAGGUAAACGAGAUAAACAGAAACGUGUUCGGCUUCGAGUCGUUCAGAGGAGUGCAGCUUGCUGCAAUAAAUUCACUACUGCUGGGAAUGGACUGCUUCGUGCUUAUGGCGACGGGGGUGGGAAAGAGCCACUGCUAUCAACUGCCAUCGCUGCUGUUGAACGGCACCGUGGUUGUCUUCUCUCCGCUGUUGUCGCUGGUGGACGACCAGAUGCACUCGCUCAAGGCGCACGGCAUAGAGGCUCAGACUUUAAACGCCAAGACGACAAUGCCCGAGUUCAGGGCAAUCUCGAAGUCGUUGACUGACAGGCACAGGGAGUACCUGAACGGAAGUAUCCUGUUCAUAACGCCCGAGAAGUUCGAUAAGUCGAAGUCGGUGCUCAGCCUGCUCAAAACCAUGUACGAAAUGGACAGGUUGAAGCUGUUCGUCAUCGACGAGGCGCACUGCGUGUCUCAAUGGGGGCAUUCGUUCAGAAAGGACUACCGGAAGCUGGGCAACUUGAAGAACAACUUCCCGACGGUGCCCAUAUUGGCAGUGACCGCCACCGCCACCCCCGACGUGAUCGUCGACAUAACGGGCGUGCUCAGGAUGAGCAAGUGCGUGACGCUGAUAACCACAAUCAACAGGCCGAACCUGUGGCUCGAGGUGCGCGAGAAGACGAAGAACUACAUGGACGAGGUACUGCAGAUCCUCAUGUCGACCACGGGCUGCGGCAUCGUGUACUGCCUCACGACGUCGGACUGCGACAAGGUGGCGGAGAAGAUUUACAGCCACGGCAUCUCAGUCUCAGUCUACCACGCGAAGAUGGACCUGGAGGACAGGACGCGCUCGCAGAAGCUCUGGAAGAGCGGCGACGUGCGCAUCAUCGUGGCCACGGUGGCCUUCGGCAUGGGCAUCGACAAGCCGGACGUGCGCCUGAUCCUGCACACCUCGGCGCCGACCUCGAUCCUGUCGUACUACCAGGAGAUCGGCAGGGCGGGCCGCGACGGCAAGUUCUCGACAACGAUCCUGUGGUUCAGCCCGCGCGACUUCGAGAGGCACAAGAACAUCAGCGACAUGAAGAACUCGAGCAGCAACAACUACUCGAGCGAGAUGCGCGACUUCUGCUCGAACCGGACGACCUGCCGGCGCAGGAUGAUCCUGAACGCCUUCGGCGAGGACACCAGCAUCACCUCCUGCCUCGGCUGCGACAACUGCUGCCUGAACCUGUCCUCGAAGCUGCUCGACGUGACCGUGGAGGCUACGCAAAUCCUCAACUUCGUGAGCGAGUGCAUGUCGCACCGCACCAAGGGCAUCCUGACUGCGAACAUUCUGUCGGACGCCCUCCGCGGCUCCAAGAGGAGCCUCAUAACCAAGUACAGGCUCGACGACAACCAGUACCACGGGGCCCUCAGGUCCCUAUCGCAAAAACGCAUUUUCGAGAUUCUGGUUAAGAUGGUGAAGCUCAAGAUACUGAAGGAGUGCCGGAGAAGGUCAAUGAGCUUCGGGCGCACCGUGCUCAUAGAGGGCUCGAACGCCUCAAAGCUACUGCGUGGCCUCAUGAGGGUGACCAUAACGUGCUACGAGGACCCUAACCAGGCCAAGAACGACAGCUCCACAACGUGCUCUGAGAGCACGCAAUCACAAACUUCCUCCAAAUCGAAACCAAAUUCAAAAUCUAAAAAGACUAAAAACAAGCCUGCCUCCAGCUCUGACAACAAGACUGCCCUGGUGCCAACGCCUACCUCAAAGCCCGACUCGAAAUCAACGCCUAAAUCGACUUCCAAGUCCAAGUCCACUCCCAGGUCGAGCAUAAUAACAAUUUCUGAACUCCUCACUGAUGAGCCGACUCGAUCAAAGCUCGAACUAAUAGACCUGACGGGUGACAGCGAGGCCCAAUCAUACAGCACGUGCGCAAGCAACGAUGAGGUGAUGGAUAACGACAAGGAGGAAGCAAAUUACGGUUUAUUUACACCUGACCUCGAGGGCCAGUCGCAGUGCGAGCUCACGAGGUCCGACAUCAUGGCGCUACGCAAGAACAACAUUCGCAGGAAGAUCCCGGGGGGGCUCUUUGAGUCUAGCCAGCCAUUAGCCUGGCCCGAGAGCCAGGAAAGAUGGUCCCAAGCACGUAGCCCCUUAUAA